AGUGCGGGUCUAUUCAUUUUGUAGUUUUCGUAGAAAAGUCAAAGAGAGGUUUGUAAGAACUGUUUUUUUCCUAUCACUUACGCUUUUGCCUUUUUAGCCAUUCUAUAGAAUGGUUAAAUAGCGGUAUUUUAGUUUUCGUCGACGUUUUGGCGAUUCCUGUUUAUUUUUUAUGAUUCAGCGAGCCACGCUCCUGGGAUGUACACAUUUUCUACCGCCAGAUCAUGUGUUUAUAUUAAACACUGAUUUAUAGAGCGUUAACCCCAAUGCCUUACUUUCGCGGAGACGAGUAAAACUUUUAUGUUCUUGUACGAAUGUGCAACUAAUACGUAGGGUUGGAUUAGGUUGGUAAUCCAUCGAAAUGGAUUUAUGUAAAUUUAGUGUUUCUAUGGUAAUUGAUGGUUUAUUUCGGUUUGCUUCACGAGUUUCAUUGAGAAUCAAAUUGAAAGACUGUAGAGAUUUUGAUGUCAAUUUGUGCUUAACAUUCUAAUGGAAAUGCCAAUUUCUUAUCUAAGAGUGUGUAAAUAUGCCAACGGGAAGAUUAAAUAACUUUGUAUAAUUUUUUGUCAUUUGGCUGGGAGUCCUGAACUGUAAAUAUCCAACUUUAAAAGCGACAAAUAGAUAUCGGUAGAGAAGAAAUAUGUUAUUUCACCUGUUUAUAAGUAAGCCAUUACGUUGACUGAAUAAUUCAGAGCAUUCGGAAUAAUAUUGCCAUAAACUAUGUCUUUAACGACUGUCUAAACAAAUAGUAUCUAAUAAAAAGCCAGGAUGAAGCUGUAAAAACUAAGAGGGGCUUGAAAGCUGACUAGAGCGAAGAAAAAAAGGAAUAGUUUUCUCAAAGCAAUAAAAUUAAUAAAUAAAAUUCUGGUUUACGCCUAAGACCAGUUCUUUAUAACAACAUUAUACUGACAUGUACUCAAAAUAAACUUCUCCCCCCCCUCCCUCCCUCCUACAAUAUUUCUCAACCACUCUCUUUAUUUCUUUCUUCAUCGAAACAAUAACAGACUGAAAAGAAGACAAAAUUGAAAUUGGUUAAGAACAAAUGCACAAACGAAAUAUAAUUCAAAGAGCGAAAAGCAUUGUCCUAGCCUGCAAAUGCGACACUUGACAAACCUAAGUAACAAACGCAGACCCAUUAUUAAUUUGGUGUUACGUUUCAUUGUUUUUACGUUCUAUUUUGUAUUAUAUAGCACGUAAAUAAUUCGUUACCGUGAUAUUAAAAGUGUUAGAUAUUAUUGGCUAACGCAAGAAUCGCCAGCAUCUGGCACAUAAAAGGAAUAAUGGAAAGAAUGUUUUCUAUAAAAUAUGAUUGAUGAUGCCCAAAAUUUUUCGAUAGCCGCACAAUCUCGUUAGAUCGAUUUCCCUGUUGACUAACUUGUCAAAGAUAGUCUGAGUCUUAUUUAAGCGAACUUUAUUUUUAUUUAUUUCUUUUUUUUCAUCUAAAUAGGUUGUUAGAAAGGAAAGACACUUCUGCCUCAAACGAAGAAAGUAAAGUAAGUCUGUUCAUUGCUAUCCUAAAUUAAAUUAUCCCAUAUCAAAAGCGCUAGGUCUAUCUUUUGUACUACAACUAUUACAAAAUAAUAUGGUAAAUCAAUUAAAAUCGUUUUAAUUGAUAGAACGCACCUGCUUUUGACAUCUUCUAAAAUGUAAAAAAUAUAUGCAAAUGAUUCGAUUGUGACAUUUUACCAAAGUAAUUAUUAGAAAUGUCAAGACAAAGUUUGAAGUAAUUGGUCGAUGCUUCCCGUGUUAUCGUCGACAAAACUGUCGUUUUAGGAAAUGAUUAGUAUCAUUCUCUGUACAAAAGUGGAAUAAAUAAUCACCUGUUGCCAAUUCUAUUUCAAUAGCAAUGGUCUUAUUCAGAUUUUUUUAAUUUUGUUCCUAUUUUUAUUAUAUUUUUUCUUUGUUUAUCAAUCAACCAUUUAUCCGAAAAGAAAUUAAAUUAAGCAUGGCGAUCUACUUUCAUCAAAGCGCAAAAGCGAUAGCUCUCAUUAAUUGUUCUCUACCAUUACUUGGGAGCAUCAUUUGUAUAGGUUUAAGCCUAUUGAAAGAUUUUGAAGCGUCUACAGCAACACAUUGCCGAGUAAGGAUCUGGUUUGUUAAGCUGAAAAAAUAAAAUUACCUAUUACGAUAUGCACAGGUACCAAAUUACCUUCCAAGUAUUAGUUCGGCAAUUGGUGGAUUCGCUCCGCAAAAAUAUAUUUGGAGGAUUUGUAUAGGUUUUCAUUCCAUGCAAAGACUGAGUAUAUGCGUGAUGUACUAUGAAUUCUAUCGCUCAAAAAACCUAUUUUCCGAAAGCGCUCCAUAUAGAAUUUUGGCGACGUUGUCGCCGAUUUUGCAUGCCCUAGAGAAUAUCUUUCUCAUGACUUUGUCGAUGAUCUCGUCCACGGAGAAUGCUGGGGUUCACGAGUUUAGUUUUAUUGGAUUCAUGGUGUGUUCCUUGUUCUAUAUGUUAUUUGCAUGCGUCUUGUGCUACGUGACUUCCUCCAAUUCAGAGGGUUGGAAAGAGAAAGUGAGUUCUUUAGUAGUUUUUGAAGAAUAUGCGUUUACGAAAUCUAAGCCUUUUUUAAUGCCAUUUUAAUAAUUUCUAAGUCUUUAUAUGCAACUCUAUUUGUUUUCACUUUUUCGAAAUGGCAUUCGACCGAAUUAAUCGGAAGCGAUCGAGUGUAUACAAAGCUAAAGACGUUUGAUACCCCCUUUUUCUGUCUUUGGCGUAAAAAAUUGAUGAUGCGCUUGACGCUUAGCGUCUUGGUGUUCUCGGACUCAUGAUAUAAAGAAAAAAAAAGAAAUUUCUAGACGACUUAUUUCUUUCAGGAAAAGAAAAAUUUCCUACAAAUAACCGGUUUAUUCUUAUUCAACUUAACGUCCUUUUUGGUUUCUCUCUACUUUUUCUUUAGGCAUAAUGCCUAUUGCGAACCAGGAAGUAGGAAUUUUUUAAAGAAUUAAUUUUUUCCCCCAAAAGCAAAUGAUUUAAAACAAUUUUCUUCCUUUAUUUUUCAGUUUACACAUAUUUCGCGGCUGCUGAAUAUAUAGUCGUUUGGUCCAAUAUCCUAUUUCACGGCGUAAUUUUUCUUGUAUAUUUUCCCAAUGGCAUAUUAACAUUUAAGGUUGAUGAUUCCAAGAAAAUCAAAUAAAUUAAUUACUUUUAAAAGGGAAAGAUUUUUUGCAAAAAAAUUUUUUUUGUACGUCUAAAUAAAUCAAGUAAAAAAAAAAGGGAAUACGAAUUACGUAAAUUUUGAGGUUAUGGAUUUCUGUCAAAUGCAGUUGGCGUUCUUUUAUAGGGAAUCGAUUCGAGUUUUUUUUAAGUAGGCCUAGCGUUGAUUUACGGUUAGAAAUCUUUUUGUCUAUAUCGAUCCAAUAUCCUCCUAAAUUUUUCUGUUUGCGUUUAUUUUCUCUAAAAAAAGUUUCAGUGCAACGACAAGAUGCAAAAACAAGCGUGAGUUUUAAAAAGAAAAUCAAAAAAUAUAUAGGAUGGAAAGCGUCGAAAACGAUGCUAUAAAACCGGAAACGGAUGGAAAUGACUCCAGAAAAAUAGACGAAACCAUGGCUGUCGCUAAGGCAGAAAUGGGAUGGGGCAAAUAUAGACCCCAGUGUUUGCAAAAGUGUGCAUCUAUAAAAAUUUUUAUAGCUUGUACAAGUAUGUUGGCAAUGUUCUCAUCGGCUCUCACAGCCGGCUACAAUUCGGCCGUUUUGACAACAAUUGAGACGCGUUUUGAUGUCUCAUCUUCUAAGGCAUCUCUAUUAACGGCCGCUUACGAAACUGCAGCAGUAGGAUUCUUGAGUAUAGUUAGUUUCUUAGGUGCAAAGCGUCAUAUACCAUUCUGGAUCGCAUCUGGAGUACUUAUAAUGGCUUGUGGUUCAUUUGUUAUGGUAACUCCACAUUUGUUUGUUAAACCUUAUUCCUUAAGAUACAGUUUGGACAACGUUACAGAAGAGAAUUUUUGUAAUCCGAUUAAAAAGGUUCUAAGUGACGUAAUCGACAAAGGGAGGUGCGAUAAAUUCGAUAGUAGCAUAUUUGCCAUCGCAGUUCUUUGUUGUGCCCAAAUGAUGAUGGGUAUUGGAUCAACUCCUAUUCUUACACUUGGUCCAUUAUACAUAGACAAUCAUGUGUCAAAAGAUAGGGCUCCUAGUUUCAUAAGUUUCCUGUACGCAUUUGGAAGUGUCGGUCCAGUAAUCGGCUUUGCAGUUGGCUCUUUAGUGUUAACAUUCCAUGUUGACUUUCUAUCAGCUGACACUAAACAGUUGAAUAUGCAUUCAACGGACUCCCAGUGGGUUGGAGCUUGGUGGGGAGGUUAUUUGAUUUUAGGAGGUCUCCUUAUUUGCCUAACUAUACCUAUGUAUAGUUUCCCAAAAAUGCUAAGCCGGCGAGAGAUAGAUACAGAAAGUGAAGAGAAAGGUAAAGGAGAACUUGAAGAGCCUCUUAACGAGAGCACUGGAGGAAAAGAUGAAGAUAAUGAUGGAGCAUCGUACGGAACUAGCUUAAGACAGCUUCCGAGAGCUGUUUUAUCUAUUGUGAAAAAUGCUCUUUUCAUGGUGACAACUAUAGGAAUAACAACGGAAAUUUUUGUCGUUAUAGGAUUUAUUCAAUUCACACCUAAAUACAUGGAAAACCAAUUUCUUUUGAGUCAAUCGCAAGCAAAUCUCUUAACUGGGUUAAUACCUGUUCCCGGGUGUAUGUUUGGUAUUCUAAUAGGAGGGUACAUUCUCCGGAGGUUUCAAUUGCAAGCAAAAGGCGCCAUCCAACUCACUCUAGCUGUCAAUAUCGUUAUCUUAAUGGGCUUUCUUGUUCUUUUUACGUUAGGCUGCGAUAAUCCGAAUUUAGCUGGCAUAACAUCUCGAUAUUUUCAAAGCAACUCGUCUGAUUUCACGCAAAAUUUACCAAACUUGACUGCUUCUUGCAAUGAUCAUUGUAGGUGCUCCGAUAAUCAUCUUAAUUUUGUCUGUGGAGCAAAUGGUUUAACGUAUUUUUCACCGUGUCAUGCUGGAUGUAAAUUCAACUACACCGAUUGUGAAUGUGUUAUAAAGGAUCUUAAUCAUAAAGGACAUCAAUUAAGUAAUUUAACAGCAUUGGUCCAGGAUAGUCCCUGUAAAAGACAAUGCAGCAGUUUUCCUGUAUAUGUGAUCAUGCUGUUUGGUUUGACUUUACUGGUCGGUAUCACUCAAAUGCCAUUGCUGAUGAUCUCUCUAAGAAGUGUUAAAGAUGCUGAACGUUCACUCGCAUUAGGCGUUCAAUUGAUAUUUUUGCGUUUGUUAGGAAAUGUACCUUCUCCGCUAGCAUUUGCCGGCCUAAUUGACAGGUCUUGUUUAAAGUGGAGGGGAGCCUGUGGUUCAUGGGGAAAGUGCCUUUUUUACGAUAAUUUGCAUUUUCGAAAAAAUUAUAUUGGUUUGGGAGGAGUUGUCAAAGGUUUUGGAUUUUUAGUUUACUGGUGUGUUUGGGGAUUAAUAAUCUGGAAAAAUAAACGGGAACAAAAGGAACAUUUGAAACUGGAAAGGCAACAAGCGGGUGAAGAAGCUAUUGCAUUUAAAGGAACAAGCGAAUUUAAGUGUAUAGAGCAGGAACAAGAUACAAAAAUGUAACAAAGCAAAAAAAGAAAAAUUUCAUAAUGCUCUCUGAAACAUUUUUCUCUGUUAUUUUUGAUAAGAUGAACAACCUUACUCAUGACACAUAAUGUGUUCUUUCCAUCCCUUCCCAACGUCAGGUGUUCUGAUUAAAGCAAAAAAAUGAGAGAACAUAUUUUUUUUAAUGAUAUAAUUAUUAUCUACUGUCUGUUAUUCGCCAAAUCUCGAAAAAAUGGUUGUGAAACUUGUGCUGUGUUAAAAAUUAUUUUGCUAUUCCUUUUGUUUUCUUGCAGCUGAAUCUGUCGUUUCAAAUUUGUGAAAAAAGCGAAAAAUGUAUUUUAAAAUUCUUGCUUAUGUCUUCAUUUUUGACUUAAAUAAACACGGAUCUAAGGGAAA